AUUGCUUUUUAUUUUCUUGUUUGGGCGAGGAAGUGAAAAGAAGGGCGAAAGAGGGUUUGGAGUUCUGAGGAGAACCGGUAAAGCGGGGCGUUUCAAAGGGUCUUCUGAGGCUUCAUAGUUCAUAGUUCAUACCUUUCGGCGCGCGCCACCGAGAGAAGCAGCCUUCGCCUCUGCCUCUGUAUCUGGUGCAUAUGGUUUCUGUUGGUUCAAAAGCAUUGGCGUCAACAACCUCAAUGGGAGAGCACGACUGUGAAUCCCCCAACCAAGCCAAAAGUAAGAAGGGAAUGAGGAGGAAGCAUAAGAAAGGGGGACUCACUCAUGCCUUCGACGCUAACACCUUCCACUCACCGCCUCAACAGUCCCGUCUUAGGAAACAGCUUGACCCUGAAACAACUAAAUACUUCUCUGAAAUUGCUAAUCUUUUUGAAACUGAUGGGGUUGAAUUGGAAGAACGAUCAAUUAUAUGUGCCAAUGCUCUCGAAGAAACCAGGGGAAAAGAAUUUGAAAUUGCAACUGAUUAUAUUCUUAGCCACACUUUGGAGACCAUCCUUCAGGGCUGUGAAGUAGACCACCUUUGUGCUUUCCUUCACAGUUCUGCCAACGACUUCCCCUAUAUUUCAAUGGAUAGAUCUGGUUCUCACGUAGCCGAGACUGCAAUCAAUUCUUUAGCUGCUCAUCUUCAAGAUGAGGAUGUUCUCCCUCUUGUUGAGGAUGCUUUAAUCAUGAUAUGCAAGGUGAUUGCAGCAAAUUCUGUUGAUGUAAUGUGUAAUUGCUAUGGUUCUCAUGUGCUUCGAAGUCUUCUUUGCCUUUGUAAAGGAGUACCAUCAGAUAUGUCUGGAUACUAUUUAUCUAAAUCAACUACAGUAUUAGCAGAGCGAUUGAAUUUGAAAGAGUUUUCUUCAAAGAAAGAUGAUGCAACAAAUUUUCAGCCUGGUUUUCCAAAUUUACUGAAGUUACUCGUGUCAGAGAUGUUAAAGCAAGCUAAGAAAUGUAUUAAGACACUGCAAGUUGACCAAUUCAGCAGUUUAGUAUUUCAGACAACUCUAAGGGUGUUGGCUGGCAAUGAUGAAGAGUUGUUACAUGUGAUACCUAUCCUUCUUGGCUGCAAGGAUAAGAGUAACGCAGAGGAAGAUUUUAUAGAAAAAACAGCAGUACUGGAGCUCAAAAAUUUGUUUAAAGAAGCCAAAUUUAGCCAUCUGAUGGAGGUUGUUUUGGAGGUAUCUCCCAAGGCGUUGUUCAAUGAAUUAUUCACUAAAGUUUUCAGGAAUUCCUUGUUUGAGUUAUCAUCUCAUCAACAUGGGAACUUUGUUGUUCAAGCACUAAUUUCUUAUGCAAGCAAUCCAGAUCUGAUGGAGUUGAUUUGGGAGGAACUUGGGCCAAAUAUGGAGGAUCUUCUCAAAAUGGGAAGGUCAGGCGUUGCUGCUUCACUAGUUGCAGCCAGUGAAAGGCUUCAUGUUAAUGACCACAAGUGUUGUCAAGUCCUUUCUGAAGCAGUGUGUUUAGCUGGUGAAUCUCCAAAAUGGAUUGUUCCACGACUAUUGUUUCUUGAUAAUUAUUUCACAUGUGAAGAUAAGUCCAAUUGGAGCUGGCCAAGUGGUGCUAAAAUGCAUGUCAUGGGUUCUCUGAUCCUGCAGACAGUAUUCCGGUUUAGAAGUGAAUGUAUACUACCUUAUAUCACCAGUAUAACUUCCAUGGAAGCAACUCAUGUGCUUGAAGCAGUGAGAGAUGCAAGAGGAUCACAUGUUAUUGAGGCAUUUCUAUGUUCAAGUGCUUCUGGGAAACAGAAGCGCAGAUUGGUUACUAAACUACAUAAGCAUUUUGGAGAGCUUGCACUCCACUCAUCUGGUGCUUUCACCAUUGAAAAGUGCUUCACUGCCAGUAAUUUGUCACUAAGAGAGGCUAUAGUGUCUGAGAUGUUGGCUGUCCAAAGUGAGCUUUCCAAGACAAAGCAGGGCUCUUACCUAUUAAGGAAACUAGAUGUUGACGGAUUUGCUGCCAGUGCUGAUCAUUGGAGGUCGAAACAAGCAUCCAAAGAAUCUACUUAUAAAGAUUUUUAUGCUACAUUUGGUUCCACUGGUACAAAGUCAAAGAAAAAUGACGCCUUUCUUGCUGACACUUUGAAUAGUAAAUCAAAUCAAAAAACUGUUAAGGAAAUGAGGAAAGAAAUUGACCAAUCCCUAGGUUCUCGUGCACCAUUUCUGAGCACUCAAAGCUUCAAGGGAAACCCAAAAAGAACAAAGCAGAAAAGUAAGAGAAAUACUCAGAUUGGUGGAGAUGAUGAUAACUCUAACAGGAAGAAGAAAAGGUCUAACAAGGAAAAGGUUGAAAGUGGGUACGAUAUUGCUGCUACUGCAGCAACCAAGAAGACUGUGAAGAAACGACAAAGAGAUAGUGGCUUUUCUGAGGUUUCUCUGAAGAAAGUGAAGGCAUCAAAUGCGUAGAAUGGAAGGCAAAUUUUUUUACCUAAAGGAGAAAGUGUUUUAAAGAAAACGAUGGCAUUAAGCUUGUCACUAGGGUCCCAAAUAUUUAAUGCAUGAAGGUUUGAAUGAUUUCCUCUUUGCGUGUAAUUUUGUAUACUUUACCAUGUCAUAUAGACUAUGCAACUGGAAUGAGCAAUCGCAUGGAGAAAGUUAGUGCAAAAUAUGUUUUUUUUUUUCCUCCGACGAAAUUUUUUUUAACUUCUGCUUCCCCUUCACUCCAGUAUAUUCUAUGCAUUUUGUUGAAUGAAUAUGACUGGUGCAAAUCUGAAGAUCAUUCAUUCCUCUUGUUUAGAAUACCAAUAUCGUAUAUUUUAGGUAUACCAGAGAACUCAACAAGCUUGGUUAGCAAAACUGUAAGAUUCAAUGUAAAUUAUAAUACAUAUAAACAUAGGCAGUUGGAAGGUGAGACACAAGCAUACACUAACAGUUAUGGUUGUUUUGGAAGGCCUAAUGGAAACGAAAUGAAAGAAAUAAAGAUCUGAAAAAAACGGGCUGUUCCAAUUUUGCUGUAUUGUUUGUUCUGGCUGUCAACCAUAUGUUGGAGGAUUGAACCUGCGAUAGAAAUAUGAUUUUUCUGUCAAUCGUAGGGUAGCUGCGUAUAAUGGAAAAGGCUUGAAACUGUUAAUGCAAAGAGUUACUUGUUUUGUGUGGGAUUUGAUUUGCUUGGAGGUAUCCUUCGGAAACUGGAAUUCACCUGCUUUGAAAGAGUCUUCCUAUGAGCGAGCAAAUCCACUAGAGCACGACGAGAAGACGAAGUCUUGCUUAGGGGCCACGAAUGCACUUCUAUGGAUGGGCAAACCUCAGCUUUGGUUCUUGUAGACCGGGUUGAUAAUAACAGCGACAAUGUAAGAGCAAGAGCAGCCAGUGCUAUGGACCUGCUCUUCAUGGUAGGGAAGGAUCUUGGUUAUUACGGUUAGGAGGCUUGUUGCAUAGUGGGUGAAGUGUUAAAGCUAAAAAGAUACGAUGUUUUGAUGGUGAAUUGUGAAUUAUAUUAGUGUUGAUUCAUUCUUUAUUACUGUCUGAAACGCUGACAAUAUGGGGAUCUGAAGCCAUUGGGUUCAUGUGGGAUCAUGUGCUCAACUUUUGACUGUUGCAUCUUGUAUUGUGAGGACUUUGGAUUUGGUGAAAAUGGUGACAGAAACUUCAGAGUGGUCAUGUGAUAAGCCACGUGAUGUUACUAUAUCUUUAAGCUUUAACUUUCUUGGAGAAGAUAUUGUCGAUAUUGAAUAGUAGUUAGAUGAUAACUUCGGAAAUCAGCUGAGCACUUCUUAGCAAGUAAAAGUGAGGUUGGUGAGUUUCCUGCUUUUCCCUGUUCAUAUUGAAGGCAACAAAAGCAAAGAACGAAAGAAUAUCUGUCCUAUAGUUUUAUUUGUCUUUAUUUAAUCAGUACCCACCUCACCCCACCCCAAGUUUGAGAGAUUACUAAUUCAGAGCUUUCCAGCUUGGCCAUGAGGACAGUAGUCACCCUAACAUUGCUUCCUCCAUUGUUUCAAAUAAUUUCAUUCUUCUACUCUGAAAAGAGUGUUUUUAUGAUGCUCAUGUGGGCAGCUCAUAACUGGAUUGCACCUGAUUAGAAAGUUAAUACUGAGAUGUUGUUAGUUUAAUGGGUAAUCAAUCGUACUUGGCUUUUCCUUUUUGUCAAGAACCGUACUUGGUCGAAUCAAAUUGGUUUGUUACUAACCCAGGAAGCGGACAACUUAAGUUUGUAGAGUGAAGACACAAGUUCAUCAAGCUGAUAAUUAUGUGCAAGUUUGGGAAGCACGUUGAAAAUAAUGGAAACGUAAAUCUAACAUAAAAAUUAUAAUUAGUAGGUUGAAAUAAACGUAAGUUUACAAUCACUUAAAUGUAAAUUCAAACACACUGUAAGGGCUGAUUUUAACUUAUUAUGCUUAUGCUUAAAACCAGCCCACCUUGGCUUGGGAGUGAUAUUAACGUUUUUCGUUAUUUAACUAUUUAAAUCCCAUUAAUAUUCAUUGAUGAUGUUCGUCCUCGAGAAUAGAAGAAUUUCUGUAACGUACAUCAAGGGCUGAAGUCCCGUUUGAAUCCACGACACCGUUUCUGCAAGAAUCUCUUCCUCUUGUAAUCUUUUUCUUUAUUUUUAAUCAAAUUAUAACUGUUUUCUGUUUGCUUGGUAGUACUCAUUCUAGAUCUGUUGAUCAGUAAAAAACCCCUUAAAUUGGCAGGCAAAGAUAAACCCUUUUUUAAAUUAAAAAUGAUAUGGGGGAUUAAAUAUGGUUCCACGGGAGAAAAGAAGUUGUUAUCUUAUAAUUAUGUUUCUCACUCUGCUUAGGAAUAUUAGGAUAUUGGUUUACCUUAAGAAAAACACUAAUCUGUUUACUUUAAGAAUAAGAGAAUGCUUGAAAAAGUUUACAUAUAGUUUAUAAAAAUUUAUGAUUUUUAUAAGUUAUUUUUUGUUUAUUUUAGUAAGCUUUGAAUAGAUUAUUCAAAUAAGUUUUUUUUAACUUAUUCUAAGAAGUUUGAUGGUAAAAACCUUGAGAGCUCAUUAAAUAAGUACGUAAUUAUGCUGUUUAGCCAAAUAUUACUUUCUUUGUAUUUUCACUGUCAGUUCUGCCUUGAUUUGUAAGUUUUAUCAUAUAAGAUUGGAUUUCUGAGUGGGCUUUUUCUUUUCCUUUUCCUUUUCCUUUUUGGCAUUAUUAAUUAUAAACAUAGCCGUUUAAGCUUGUGCUAAGUCUAGAUUUGACGUACUAGUAUGAUAAAUAAGAGAAUCUUAAAUCCACCUUCCAAAGAACGGCAAUUCUUCCCUUAAUAAGCAAAUGCGAAUGAAAAAAACCAACAACACUGCACUUCAACCACCAGAUCUUGUUAUCUUCAUAACAGGCACAGUAAUUGUGAUAUCUUUAUAAGGAGAUAUUGAUCAUUACCUUUUGCUAUUCAAGCCAGUAAAUUCAAAAGGUUAGAAGCUAUUAUUUUCCAUUUCAAGCCUCUCUUACUCGUUCGUUGUGUUUCUCUGCGUAUUAGAAUGCAAAAAAUGCCCGUUACUUUGCAGCUAUCAGGUUUCAGUUUCUCUAGAGGCCUUCUGCUUUAUAUUUCUGUUCUGCUCAAGUUUAUAAUGAAUAAAUCUCCAGAACAUCAACAAUAUCAGGCAUGUUAUUAUGAAGCCUAUGGAUUUGAUCUACAGAAGGACUUUUCCCAGCACAUCUGAUUCUUUGCUUUGAUUAGUUCUUGGAGGAAGCAAAGCAAAAUGUAAAUGAAGAAAAGCUAAAGAAUUCAUCAGUGCACCCAGAAGAAUCUGGGAGAACAAGAUUGGAGAAAGAGAAAAAGGAGAAGAAAUCAUGGAAAAGUUUUCUGAUGUCAUGGUGGAAAGGUGACAAGAAAAGUAAGCAUCCAGCGGAACCCACAAACAAUAAUAUUCAAAGAAAGCUUGAUGGGAAAAGGAAGGGCCAUGUUUCUGGUCCAAUGUAUUACUGCGGCAAAGGUCCUCAUGUGAAGCACGGACGUCCAACUUCUGGGCCUCUCACAAGUCUGUUCAAAUCCACAAAGAGAGAAGAGAGUGAGAUUCCAUAUAUGUCUCUUCACCAACAAAACAGCCCUCGUGCUGUGCAGAACUAUGGGCCCCUUUAUUUGGUUACUUAAAUGUAUGCAUGCAUGCAUGUACCACUGGUCCACUAGAGUUGCAAAUUCUACUGACACAAGCUUAAAAAAAGCCUUCUUCAUUUUCUGCAGGACAAUGUAAUUGAUCAGCUUUAUAUGUGAUGAAACUAUUAAUAUUUUGAAUUUUAGUAUGAGCUGUAUGGGCACGUAGUUGGAGUUUAUUUAGGGAAUGGAUUUUUGGGUCCGCUUUAGUUGCUAGUUGCACACUCAGUCUUGCAUCCCACUUCUUAUU